AAAAAAAAAAAAACAAAAACAAAAACGUCACAAGUACAUCAUGCAGAACCAUGAUGCAGACAGUCAUUGCUUUUGUUAUGACGUCAUCAAUACUCGCCGUCGCGUCCGAGUGGUUCUCUUGAUUGCUUUGGAAUAAUAGUGCUUUCCUCAAUAGGAAGACAAUCCACGUUUCAUUUUCUUGGCCCUAUGACGUAAUGUAAUCCACUGAAAGGUGGCAGAAAUGUUCGGACACGCCACUAAUCCGUUCAAUCUUGCUUCUGCAUCGAGUCAUUUGGGUGCACGUUGAAAUUUCGAGGCCUGCUUAGGUUAGCCUACCCUUGUCUAGCCGCUAACAAAGAGAAGAAACAGGUAUCAGCACAUCGCCGAGCAAGCAGACGUCAAGUCUCAAAAUGUCAGAUGCCAGUGUAGCGCAUCGUCCUGAACUCCAGGAGUCUGCUCGCCUGGAAGAAGACGAGGAGGAAGAGUUGCCAUACAUCAAGAAGGAGGAGGAAUUUGUCCACAUUAAGGAGGAGCAGAGGGAGUAUUUCAUUACAGCUGAUAACCCCCACAUUGAAGAGGAGCAGAAACCUCAUCCCCUCAAAAACAAGGAGGACCGUCCAUAUGUUAAAGAAGAGGUGGUGGACAUCCCCAAGUGGACUGGUGACACCUUGAAGGGUGAAGAUGGAAGUCUGAGUGAGGGCAGCAGAGGGGAAGAACCUCCGAGUGGCAGCAGCAUUUUAACAGAAGGAUCCCAAGCAGAUAACCUCAUCGAUUGCAAUGAGGCCACAUCACACUUGCUGUUCUGUUUCAGAAAAUAUCUUGGUCCUGAGCGGCAGCAGUCUCAGUCUCCUAGCGUUGAAGUUGAGCACCCGUACAUGAAACGGGAAAAGCCAUACCACCAUCAACAGCAAAAGAAAGAAGAGCAACUUCCGAUCAAAAAGGAGGCGGAAGAGCUGCCAUACGUUAAUGGGGAGGAAGAUGUCACUAGGUCGAUUGGUGAGCCCUUGAUGAGUGAAGACGGUCAGAGUGAGAUGAGCAGAGGGGCGGAGCCUCUAAGCAGCAGCACCAGCUCAACAGAAUUUCAAGCGGACGGUUUCGUCGCUCCACUAUCAGAUAGCGAAGAGACCACGUCACACUCGCCUUAUAGUGAUGAAGACUGUCAUCUGAAAGCUCACACUGAUGAAAAACUCUGCUCUCAGUGUGGGAAAACCUUUAGUAAUAAGUAUACUUGCCGUAGGCAUAUGCGGAGCCACAGUGGCGAGAACCCCUUUUCGUGCUCAGUUUGCGGCCAAACAUUCACUCUAAAGCAAACAUUAAAAAGACACACAAGAACCCACACUGGGGAAAAACCUUUUUCCUGCUCUGUUUGUGGUCAAAGGUUUGCUGAGAAGAGAAACUUAACACAACACACAAGAACCCACACUGGAAAAAAGCCUUUUUCCUGUUCAGUUUGUGGUAAAAACUUCUCUGUAAAAAGCAACUUAAAUAAGCACACAAGAACCCACACUGGUGAGAAAUCUUUUUCCUGCUCAGUUUGUGGUCAAGGGUUCACUCUAAGACAUCACUUAAAAACACACGCAAGAACCCACACUGGAGAAAAACCUUUUUCCUGCUCUGUUUGUGGUCAAGGGUUCACACAAAGAGAACACUUAAAAAGACACACAAGAACCCACACUGGAGAAAAACCUUUUUCCUGUUCAGUUUGCGGCCAAAUAUUCACACGGAAGGAACACGUAACGCAUCACACAAAAACCCACACUGGAGGAAAACUUUUUUUCUGCUCAGUUUGUGGUCAAGGCUUCACUCGCAGGGAAAACUUAAAAAAACACACCAGAACCCACACUAGUGAAAAACCCUUUUCCUGCUCAGUUUGUGGCAAAAGAUUCUCUGUACAGGGAAACCUAACACAUCACACAAGAACCCACACUGGUGAAAAACAUUUUACCUGUUCAGUUUGUGGUCAAGGUUUUACCCUAAAGCAACACUUAAAGGUACACACAAGAAUCCACAAUGGAGAAAAACCGGAAGGGAAAUCUAACACAACACACAAGAACCCACACUGGUGAUUAACCUGUCUCCUGCUGAGUUUGUGGUCAAGGAUUCACUCUAAAGUAACACUGAAAAGUUCACACAAGAACUCACACUGAAGAAAAACCUUUUUCCUGCUCCGUUUGUGGUUAAAAAAAAAAAAAAAAAAAAAUCCCUAUUAAAAGCCAUUUAAAAAUGCAUACAAGAACUCUCAGUGGUGAGAAACCUUUUUCUUGCUCAGUUUGUGUUCAAGGGUUCUCUCUAAUGGCGUACCGCAAGCAACACGUCACUUCCGCUUAUUAAUAUUCAUAGCUUUAGCUACUGUUGCUAAGCUGGGACAAAGCUAGGACAAGCCACCGAUUGUCCCUAAUAGGAAAUGAAUGGAAAUCGUGUACGAAGGAGAUGUUUACAGCGCUAAACCUACCAAUUCUCUCCGAAAAUGAUGUGCCUGGUGCCAAAUUGACUGGCAUAGAUGUGGAAGAACAUAAAAAUGGUCAGUUAAAGAGAUGGCUUUAGUGUCGAAGGCUGAAAAAGACGAAAAAAACGAGCCGACCUAAGCAUAGCUUUAGCUUUUUUUUUUUAUCGACGCGACUGACAAUGACAUUCUCCGGUUUCAACAAGCUAUCCUUUACCAUCAGCCCUGUCUUUCUUAUAUAUCCUCUGGUUGUCCUAAGUCUCUUACCGUUCUUGGGGGUAAUUUAGUUAGCUUUGUGUAGCGAUCGCAAAUGCUACUCAGUGACAGCCAACGAACACGUCCCCCUUACUAAAGUUUUUUUUUUUAUAUAUAUAUAACAGAAACGGUAACAGUGGCAGUCAGAUACCAUUGUAAUUUUUUUCAGGUCAUUCAUUGUCAGACAGAAGCAGUACGGCACAACGUUACGCUAAAAAAAUAAAGUAAAAAUAUAAAAAUAGCUUACCUCUUUGUCCUCUGAAAGACCAUGCCAACCCAACAUAAUGUUUACUGCAUAUGAAACGUGAAUGGAUUCGCCGAGCUGGUGUUAAAAGUCCGCGCAAGUUGAUUCGGUUUUCACAUUUUUUCCUCCCGAGUUUUUGGUUUCCGGGAACGUAUGAAGAAAACAUCCUUCAUGGUCGUAAUGUCUAGAGUCGUUUCUACAACUUCCAAAAAAGCAAUGCGUGAUCGGCAUGUUCGUUUUUGAAAGAUUACCGGCGAAAAGUAGCACUUUUUACGUUGGGUCUAUGCGAGGGCGGGUCUAUAAUGUCCCACUUCGGCUUUACUUCCGCUUUACGAUGCGACGUCACGGUCUAAAAAUAGCCUGCAUGCGGUACGCCAUUACAAGCCUUGUAAAAUGGUGAUUACGUCACCCACACGUUUGUGGUACUCCUCUUUCAAAAGUGCAGAAGUGGAAUUUCCCCCUUGUUUUUACCUGAAGUCAAUAGACCAAGUAAAAUGGAAGAUAAUGCCCUUCGAGAGGAACACUUCAAAACGUUAAAAUUAUCUUGAUUUUCUUUCUGAUUAUAAGUAGGUGAUAUAUUAGUAACAAAAUGAAGACACACAAUUUGAUAGAAAUGAAAAUGAUCAGCCUUGUAGAGGGGGAAAUCAAAGACAUCCCAAAAUGAGUGAUGCAGCAUAUUGGUACAUUUUGCUAUUAAAAAAAAAACAAAAAAACGUAGAAACUCAAAAUGAAUCUCAGUAGUUUGUGUCGACUCCACGUGCUCGUACACAUGCCUGAUGUCGGGGCACUCUCCUAAUAAGACGACGGAUAGUGUCCUCGGGGAUUUCCUUCCAGAGAUUGGACCAAGGCAUCACUGAGCUCCUGGACAGUGUGAGGACAACCUGGCGGCACGGGAUGGACCUAAACUCGGCGGUCGUUUACAUGGUGACGCUCAGAGACUGCGACACAUUUCAUGUUUUCAUUCAUAUGCUUCUGUCUUGGUUCUGUCUCCAUUCGACCUAUGUCGCAAUUCCAUGUGAAAACGAUUCAUGCCAGGCCCUAAAGGGCAGUGCAGUUUUACAAGGUGGCAGCCAAUGAUGCACUUCCUUGACAACAACCCCCUCAGCCCAGAAGACAACAUACCCACGCGAAGCAAUGGCGUCCACACGUUUUUUUGUUUUUUUUGGGGCUUUUGCUUUAAAAUAUACAAAAGUGCUAAGAUAAAAUAUAUAUUAAAAAAUAUUAUAAAACAGUAAUUUCAAGCCGGUAUUCCACCAUUUUUGCUGUUUUGAAUGUUUUGUAGUAGCAACUGCACACCCCUAAAGUGACGUGUGCGAGUGCUGAUGUCAUCGGAGCGAGAGCGUUCCAUUCAUACGGUUGCGGAGCAAUCCCCGCAGUUUAAUUGUUCCGCUUUGAAGGCAAUAAUCAAAGUUACCAUGUAAACGGCCCCACAAUGUCCCAGAGGUGUUCUGUUGAGUCCAGGUCAAGUGAACGUGGGGGCUAGUCACUGGUUUCCAUUCCUGAAGUCAGUGCUGCUACUCCAUUGGAAUGGCGUGUCUGCAGCCUGCAAGACGGGGCGGGGGCGUAAUUUGCACCGAGACGUAAGGUGGGUUUACGAAACCUCAACCACACCCUCGUCUCGCAUGGAACAGACCAAUAAAACUGGAGUGCAUGUUCGGGUUUUGACAUGUCUAUUCUGUAGUCUUUAGGAAUAGUGAAAAGCGCUAUCUUCUGUUAAAGAGGAUUUUUGUUAGCCCCUUUUCGCGUGGGCUACUGAAAGUGAAAAGAGCACUUUGAAAUGCAAGAGAAAGCAAUUUGAUCUAUAAGAGAAUGCACUUCAUUCUGCAAGCUGGUCAAAACUUUUUUUUCUGAAUAGUUGUUUUUAUUAGCAAACCACUUUUUCUUUUUUGAAUGACACUUAGCAUUUGCAAACCACACCUUUUCUCUUUUUUUCUUACGGUAUGAUACAAGCAGCUCUUUCUGCUCAUUGAGAAAUGCGCGACUCAAAGUAUCAGCAAUGUAGAGUUGUCUCCCGGGCCGAUACAUAACUGUCUUUGCAGCCUAAGCAGCUUUUGCUGAAUCCUCAUGGGUGCUUGGUGUAAAGGUUUAAGUACAGUAAAAACUGUUUAAAGUACUCGAAACUCAUUGUUUGUCUUUCUUCCUAGUGCGAUUGUGUUUCUCCUUCAAGCAGCUUUAUCAAUGGAGCAUUGAUGUCUGACAUAUUUGGUAUGAACUUUGCCAAGUAUUUCUAUGAACCUCUGCAGUUCCUGUUUGUUCUGUGGCUUAUAACAGGAGAUUAUGUAUAUAUAAUGUUUUUCCUUUAAAAAUGUACUAGGUGAGGCUUGUAAUCAGGGUGCCCAAUAGUCCAGAAAUUACGGUAAUUGGCAAUGCUCCUGUUUGAUUGCUUUAUUAAGGUCUUUUGGGUCCAUACAAAUUUGGAUUUUCUUGGGUGUGACCACAGUAACAAAUGCUGUUCACCCACUCAGUUGGCUCUGUCUGCCUCAUAACUACUCCCAUGUUUGCCAUGUGUUGCAGCAUCUCAAUGAUUGUUUCUGAGCGCCACAGGAAUCCUUUUGGGUGCAUCAACAACAGGUGUAAAUAAGAUUCUAAUCCUUUAUUGGUCCCUCAUAGGGUAGAUAGACAAAAGUAUAGAAACGGUAUAUGCAAAUGACCAAUAACUAAAAUAAAUACAAAUAAAACGUAGUGAUUUACCUCUGAAUAUAUGGAUCGAUGCUGACUUAAUUGGUAAACAUUAGGGUUGGACUGGAACCAAAAAUAGGCCAAGGCAUUUUGAGCCAAGACUGGCCCACCAAAAGACAAUCAUGUCAAUGAAUGAAAACAAGCUUUCUUGUGACAAUGCUUGCACAAUGUCUUCUUCUUGGUGUAUAUUAGGGAUGCAAUGAUAAAGUUAAGUCACGGUUCGGUACGGUUUUCGAUAAGAGGGACACGAUUUUUGGUUCGAUUCAAUAAAAUUUAAUGCUCUGAAACAAAAAAUACAAGUGGCAGUUUUUUUCCUAUGUUUUAUUUUGCAAAUAAGCAAAAAUAACAAUGCCAUUAUAUAAACAUGUAUUUUAGUGCAUAAUAUAUGUAGGUUUCAAAAUGUAAAAAGCCCCAACUUGCUGCUCUCUUCGUUCGUUUUCCUCACAAGCAUGCUGGACUGCGGCAAAAAGACUCUCGCUGCUCGCAUUGAGUUCGUUCCUUUAAUACAACAAAAAGUGACUCCCCAGAGCGAUAUCCAAAAGGUAAACAAAAGAGCAAACUGAGAGAAUAAUGAGGAAACGAAAAAUUAUCAACUUUGAACGUCAUAUAAAGAAAUAUAAAGAAAUCAAUAGAGAGUAGAGAGAGGUCAAAAAACUGUGGCUCUCUUCCUUAUGCUAGGGUGACCAAACGUCCUCUUUUGCCCGGACAAGUCCUACUUUCAUGUAGUAUCCUCGUUGUCCGGGCAGGUUUCAUAAAUUCCUAAAAAUGUCCGGUUAUUAUGAUUUUUCACGGGACCAAUUUGAAGAGAAUUCUUCCGGCCGCUGGGUGGCAGUGCCUGCAUGCGAUGACAUGGCUCCGAGUAGUAGAGAGGGACGAAGUGGUUCUUGUUUUUGUUGGCAGUUUACCCCUAUCAUUAGGCAUUACCGCCAUCUACUGGGCUGACAAUUUGGCCACAAUGCCUGCCCAGUUGUUAAGUUUUUUACGAUAAAUACGUAUAUAAUGGCAACUGUUGACUUCUGUCGAAGCUUUGACUGUAAAAUCCCGUUUUGUGUCGCAUCGUUGCGCUGCCGAUGAUUGUAAACCUUUAUAGCAAAGUUUUAUUUUUUGCCUCAGCAAGCUAUCAGUAAGCUAAACCGCGCUAGGCAUUAUGGGAAACAUAGUUUUGAACUGCUACGUUUGGAAACAUGCUGGUUGAAUAGUUUGUCAGUUUAUUUCGGUUAUUGUUUGUGUGCAAUCUAGAACAUUGAAUAAGAACAUCCAUUGAAUGGGCAUAACAAUUUGUCAAGGGCAAUUGUCGUGAUUGUAAUUUAUAAGCCUACUGUAUGUAUGUGUAUUGA